UCCUUCCGGCGAAGCCAUCCUAGACGCUACCAUGCGGCAGUCAUACAAUGGGGGCGGGACAAGAGGGAAUUACGUCACCAGUCCCGCCCCCAGCAGAGGCCCCGCCCCUGUCUGGUAAUGAGGCCUCAGUGACCGCACUCCCCGUAUAUACAGCCGCCGCGCUGCAUGCCGGGAGUUGGAGUUCCCGUCUUGCAGGCCAUUUAGCUGUGAGGAACCGGAGACCCUUUACUAGAAGUCACAUAAAUGAUGUCACGGAGGAUGGACAAGGACAGGAGUCAUGUGACUGAAAGGAUAUUAAACCUCACUGUGGAGGUCAUCCAGCUGCUGACAGGAAAGGAUCACACAGUAGUGAGGAAGACAUCUGGGAAGUGUGAGACACCCAGUAGCCAUCUUUGUGUGUCAGGAGGACUGAGCAGGACCCAGAGCCCCAUCACAGUGCCUCCACCUCGCUCACUGACACAUGAGAGGCACAGUGACCAGAAGAUCCUGAAGCUCACCAACAAGAUCAUCCAGCUGCUGACUGGAGAGGUUCCUAUAAGGUGUGAGGACGUCACUGUCUAUCUCUCCAUGGAGGAGUGGGAGUAUAUAGAGGAACACAGGGGUCUGUACAAGGACGUGAUGAUGGAGAAUCACCAGGCAUUGAAGAUGGAUAUGACUGAGAGGAUAAUAAAUCUCUUCCUGGACAUCAUCUGUGUGCUGACUGGAGAGGAUCACACAGUAGUGAAGGGAACAUCUGGAGAGUGUGAGCCACCCAGCAGCCAUCACCGUGUGUCAGGAGGACUGAGCAGGACCCAGAGCCCCAUCACGGUGCCUCCACCUCAUUCACUGAUACAUGAGAAGCACAAUGACCAGAAGAUCCUGGAUCUCACCAACAAGAUCAUUCAGCUGCUGACUGGAGAGGUUCCUAUAAGGUGUGAGGAUGUCACGGUCUCUUUCUCCAUGGAGGAGUGGGAGUACAUAGAGGAACACAGGGGUCUGUACAAGGACGUGAUGAUGGAGAAUCACCGGCCCCUCACAUCACUGGAUGGGGCCAGUAACAGGAAUACCCCAGAGAGAUGUCUCCGUCCUCUGUAUUCCCAGGAUCAUACAGAGGAGAAUCACAGUGUCCCACAGGAGGGUCUGGGUGAAGAUCUUAUUGAUGUUAAAGUAGAAGAUAUAAAAGUAGAUGAGCAGACGCAUGUGAUGGGUGAUCAGCAGUGUAAGGAGGAGGAAAUCCCUACAGAUAUCAGCACAGACCCAUCUAAAGAUCCAUCUACUGAUAUAAAGGAGGAAUCAGUCUCAUGUGAUGGAGACCUCACACAUACUGACAUGUAUACAGCCGCAGAUCAUACACAGAAAAUAUCUACUCAUAUAAAAAGCAACUGCAUUACAAAUGCGUCUUGCUCUGGAUGUGAAAAAUGUUUUACUCUUAAUUCAGACCUUGUUAUACAUCAGAGGAGUCACACAGGAGAGCCACCAUAUUCCUGCUCAGAAUGUGGGAAAGGGUUUAGAAGUAAUUCAGAACUUCUUGUACAUCAGAUGAUUCAUACAGAUGAAAAACUGUUUUCUUGCUCAGAAUGUGGGAAAUGUUUUAAAGUAAAUUCACAUCUUGUUAAACAUCAGAUGAUUCAUACAGGACCAUCCCCACAUUCCUGCUCUGAAUGUAAGAAAUGUUUUAGAUGUAAAUCAGAACUUGUUAUACAUCAGAGAAGUCACACAGGUGAGAGACCUUAUUCUUGCUUGGAAUGCGAGAAAUGUUUUCCAAUUAAAUCACUACUUGUUAGACAUCAGAGAAGUCACACAGGUGAGAGACUAUAUUCUUGCUCGGAAUGUGAGAGAGUGUGUAUAAGUAAUUCAGAACUUGUUAGACAUCAGAGAAUGCAUACUGGAGAGAAACCAUUUUCCUGCUCUGAUUGUGGGAAAUCUUUUACACUUAAAUCAGCUCUUGUUCGACAUCAGAAAAGUCACACGGGGCAGAGACCAUAUUCCUGCUCUGAGUGUGGGAAAUGUUUUACAAGCCAUCCACAUCUUGUUAUACAUCAGAGACUUCACACCGGAGAGAGACUGUAUUCUUGCUCGGAAUGUGGGAAAGGGUUUGAAGUAAAUGCACUACUUGUUAGACAUCAGAUGAUUCACACAGGAGCAUACCCAUAUUCCUGCUCUGAAUGUGAGAGAGGUUUUUCAAUUAAAUCAGAACUUGUUAGACAUCAGAGACGUCACACAGGUGAGAGACCGUAUUCUUGCUCGGAAUGUGGGAAAGGGUUUAAAAGUAAUACAGAUCUUGUUAUACAUCAGAGACGUCACACCGGAGAGAGACCGUAUUCUUGCUCUGAAUGCGGGAAAUGCUUUACAUGCAAUUCAGUACUUACUAAACAUCAGAAAAGUCACACAAGAGUGAACCCAAAGACCUCCAGCGUCCACACGUGCCUCCUGUCUGCCGACCAAAUCCUGCAUGAGGAAAACCUAUAUUCGGCCGUCUCUGCUGCGUCCCAGUUGCGGUUCCUCUUCCCGGUCACCGGAAGAAACCCCGAGUCCACAACACCUCCAAACCAGGAUGAGCUGGUCACUAGGGAACUCCCGGAUUCGUUGGACGAACUGACCUCUCUCUGCGUCAAGGUGGAUCUCCGGAUGCAGGAACGUGGAGAUAUUUUACAACUGGAUACCAAGUUAAAACCACUGAUCAAAGAUAAACCACAGAUCAUAUAUAAAAAGGCACAGAAUCUAAAACAGAGUCUGAUAAGGUGUGAGGAUGUCACUGUCUAUCUCUCCAUGGAGGAGUGGGAGUAUAUAGAGGAACACAGGGGCCUGUACAAGGACGUGAUGAUGGAGAAUCACCAGGCAUUGAAGAUGGAUAUGACUGAGAGGAUAAUAAAUCUCUUCCUGGACAUCAUCUGUCUGCUGACUGGAGAGGAUCACACAGUAGUGAAGGGAACAUCUGGAGAGUGUGAGACACCCAGCAGCCAUCACCGUGUGUCAGGACUGGGGAGGACCCAGAGCCCCAUCACGGUGCCUCUAGCUCACUCACUGAUACAUGAGAGGCACAAUCACCAGAAGAUCCUGGAUCUCACCAACAAGAUCAUUCAGCUGCUGACUGGAGAGGGUGAAGAUCUUAUUGAUGUUAAAGUAGAAGAUAUAAAAGUAGAAGAGCAGACACAUGUGAUGGGUGAUCAGCAGUGUAAGGAGGAGGAAAUCCCUACAGAUAUCAGCACAGACUCCUCUAAAGAUCCAUCUACUGAUAUAAAGGAGGAAUCAGUCUCAUGUGAUGGAGACCUCACACAUACUGACAUGUAUACAGCCGCAGAUCAUACACAGAAAAUAUCUACUCAUAUAAAAAGCAACUGCAUUACAAAUGCGUCUUGCUCUGGAUGUGAAAAAUGUUUUACUCUUAAUUCAGACCUUGUUAUACAUCAGAUGAGUCACACAGGAGAGCCGCCAUAUUCCUGCUCAGAAUGUGGGAAAGGGUUUAGAAGUAAUUCAGAACUUCUUGUACAUCAGAUGAUUCAUACAGAUGAAAAACUGUUUUCUUGCUCAGAAUGUGGGAAAUGUUUUAAAGUAAAUUCACAUCUUGUUAGACAUCAGAUGAUUCAUACAGGAGCAUACCCAUAUUCCUGCUCUGAAUGUAAGAGAUGUUUUAGAUGUAAAUCAGAACUUGUUAUACAUCAGAGAAGUCACACAGGUGAGAGGCCAUAUUCCUGCUCUGAAUGUGAGAAAUGUUUUAGAUAUAAAUCAGAACUUGUUAUACAUCAGAGAAGUCACACAGGUGAGAGACCUUAUUCUUGCUUGGAAUGCGAGAAAUGUUGUCCAAUUAAAUCGCUACUUGUUAGACAUCAGAGAAGUCACACAGGUGAGAGACUAUAUUCUUGCUCGGAAUGUGAGACAGUGUGUAUAAGUAAUUCAGAACUUGUUAGACAUCAGAGAAUGCAUACUGGAGAGAAACCAUUUUCCUGCUCUGCUUGUGGGAAAUCUUUUACACGGAAAUCAGAUCUUGCUCGACAUCAGAAAAGUCACACGGGGCAGAGACCAUAUUCCUGCUCUGAGUGUGGGAAAUGUUUUACACGUCAUCCACAUCUUGUUAGACAUCAGAGUCUUCACACAGGUGAGAGACCGUAUUCUUGCUCGGAAUGUGGGAAAUGCUUUACACGUAAUUCACAACUUGUUGUACAUCAGAGACGUCACACAGGAGAGAGACCGUAUUCUUGCUCGGAAUGUGGGAAAGGGUUUGAAGAAAAUGCACUACUUGUUAGACAUCAGAUGAUUCACACAGGAGCAUACCCAUAUUCCUGCUCUGAAUGUGAGAGAGGUUUUAGAUAUAAAUCAGAACUUGUUAUACAUCAGAGACGUCACACAAGUGAGAGACCGUAUUCUUGCUCGGAAUGUGGGAAAGGGUUUAAAAGUAAUGCAGAACUUGUUAUACAUCAGAGACGUCACACCGGAGAGAGACCGUAUUCUUGCUCUGAAUGCGGGAAAUGCUUUACAUAUAAUACACAACUUACUAAACAUCAGAAAAGUCACACAGGAGUGAACCCAUGAUAUAGGUCUGAGUGUAAGGA